UUAGUUAUAAAAAUGGGUUACUAUAACACUCUAUUAUCCUUACCACCCAGAUUCCCUUCUUUCUCUCUUCCUUUUUAUUUUUUUGUCCUCUCCAAAAAAAUUAAAAUUGAUUUUUUUUUAAAAAAACAAAAUUUUAUUUACAAACCCUAAAAUUGUUGCAAAUCUUAUAUAUAUAUUUGGUUUGGGUUUGUAGUCUUUUUGUUAAUAUUUUUUAUUAACACUUUUGUAUGCAUUUUGUUUGUUAUUAUUCUCUAGAAGUUUCUCCGUGCAGAAACAAGAGAAAAAGGAAGAACAGUGUCACUCUUUGAUCUGUUUUGGUGUUCGUUUUGAAUCCAUAUGCAAUAAAAUUUGAACGAAGGGAGACUCAACUUGAUUGUAUACAAUAUUUUGAUCGUGAUGGCCGCGGCUGCUACUUGCGCAUUCUUCCCUACUGGUAAUCCACCUUCUGAUUCCGGAGCAAAAUCGUCUGGAAAUUUAGGAGGAGGAAGUGUUCCUGGAAGUAUAGAUGCACGGGGGCUUAAUAAUGUUAAGAAGCCUGCUUUUGGGAGCCUGCAAGCUAAGGCUAAUGCACAAGCUCCACCUAAGGUGAAUGGAACAAAAGUAGGCGUUAUGGAUGGGUUCAAGACCGACGAUGAGGUGAUAUCUUCACAUCAUCCAAGGACCUUUAUCAACCAGUUACCUGAUUGGAGCAUGCUCCUCGCCGCCAUCACAACGAUUUUUUUGGCUGCUGAGAAGCAAUGGAUGAUGCUUGAUUGGAAGCCUAAGCGUCCUGAUAUGCUCGUUGAUCCAUUCGGAUUAGGAAAAAUUGUGGAAGAUGGCUUUAUUUUCCGUCAAAAUUUCAGCAUCAGGUCCUAUGAAAUAGGGGCUGAUAGGACUGCGUCUAUAGAAACAAUGAUGAAUCAUUUACAGGAAACGGCUCUUAACCAUGUCAAGAGUGCGGGACUCAUGCAUGGUGGGUUUGGAUCAACUCCAGAAAUGUCCAAAAGAAAUUUGAUCUGGGUCGUUACUAAAAUGCAAGUUGUGCUGGACCGUUAUCCUACUUGGGGUGAUGUUGUUCAAGUAGACACUUGGGUAGCUGCAUCAGGUAAAAAUGGUAUGCGCAGAGAUUGGCUCAUCCGAGAUAGUACUACAGGCGAUGUAUUAAUGAGAGCUUCCAGCCAAUGGGUGAUGAUGAAUAAGGAGACAAGGAGAUUAUCUAAAAUACCAGACGAGGCUCGGGCUGAAAUUGAAGGAUAUUUUGUUGAUUCACCUCCUGUUAUUGAUGAUGACAGCAGGAAGUUGCCAAAACUUGACGAGACAACAGCAGACUAUACUCGAACUGGUUUAACUCCAAGAUGGAGUGAUUUAGAUGUCAAUCAGCAUGUUAAUAAUGUCAAGUACAUUGGCUGGAUUCUUGAGAGUGCACCUAUGCAAAUACUCGAAGGGUGUGAGCUUGCUGCCAUGACAUUGGAAUACCGCAGGGAGUGCAGAAGGGACAGCGUGCUGCAGUCUCUUACCUCUGUACUCGACAAGGAAGUUGGUGGUGACUUAACCAACUUUGGUCAUGUUGAGUGUCAACAUGUGCUUCGACUUGAAAAUGGUGGAGAGGUUGUUAAGGGACGAACUGAAUGGAGGCCGAAACUUAUCAAUGGAAUUGGGAGCCUCGGCGGAUUCCCAGCCUAAGUUCCCAUUACUUCCAAGUGCUGCAAACUUGAAGUAACGUCAAACUUUCAAUGCGCUAUAUGUCACAAUCCGUCGUGAAUCGUCCUAUUUGUGCUCUUUUGAUCUUCAUAUAUUAUAUUCCCUCCUACAUAUAUAUAUAUAUGUCCUCCCUAUCUUUUCCUCAUUUUUUUUCUUUUAUUUCCCUUAGAUAUUAGUGAAAUUAUCAGUGUUUGUAAGUAUAGUCCUUUGUGUCUAAUGUCUUAUAUUCCCUAGCAUUAUUUCCCUAUACUCCAAGAACUUCAUUUUAUCGUUUGUGCCCUUUACCUUGCUGGCAAUUGAGUUUGGCCUAGAAAAUGGCAUUGCUGAAUUGGACAGCAAAUGGAACAUUUUUUUAUUUGUGGCAAAUUCUUUAUAUCUGUAAUGCAUUAUAUUUGUUCUCAUUGCCAUGUGGUCAUCUCAUUUGUCAACAAUUUAGUGUAUGGAAGUUUCCUCUUUCUAGUAAUGCAAUAUUGAUCACGGAAUUUUAUUUUUUGAAA